AUCGGAUCGUACGGGAGGCGGGGCCUGUGUGUGGGGAUUCAUCGUCCACAGCCACACGUGACGCGCUGUAGUCGCAGGCGGAGAGCUGUAUCAGUGAGCACGGACUAUGGAGCUGAAGAUGCGGUUGUGUGUGGCGCUGGUGUCUCUGAGUGUGUGUGCGCUCCUCGCGGGUCACGUGAGCGCUCAGGACGAGGCCGACGACAUGGACAUGGACGUGGAAGAUGCCAUCGACGACAUGCAUGAGGAAGAGCUGGAGGAAGAGGAGCCGACGGCCCCGGCCGCACCACCGGUCCCCACGGUGACGUAUAAAGCCCCGGAGCCGAUGGGAGAACACUACUUUGCGGAGUCGUUUGAUAAAGGAACACUUCAGGGGUGGGUUCUGUCUCAGGCCAAGAAGGACGGCAUCGACGAGGAGAUAGCCAAGUAUGAUGGGAAAUGGGAGGUUGAGGAGAUGCAGAACACUAAACUGCCCGGAGACAAAGGCCUGGUGUUGAAGUCCAAAGCUAAGCAUCACGCCAUCUCCGGUCUCCUCCUGCGACCUUUCACCUUCGACACCAAGCCCCUGAUCCUGCAGUACGAGGUGAACUUCCAGACGGGCAUCGACUGUGGCGGGGCGUAUGUGAAGCUGCUGUCCCAAACGCCGGACCUGGACCUGGCGCAGUUCGUGGACAAGACGCCGUACACCAUCAUGUUCGGGCCUGAUAAGUGUGGAGAGGAUUACAAGCUGCACUUCAUCUUCAGACACAAGAACCCCAAAACCGGCGAGUUUGAGGAGAAGCACGCCAAGAAGCCCGACGCUGACCUGCGCGCGUACUACACCGACAAGAAGACGCACCUCUACACACUGGUGCUGAACCCGGACAACAGUUUCGAGAUCCUGAUCGACCAGACGGUGGUGAACAGCGGGAGUCUGCUGAGUGAUGUCACUCCCGCCGUAAACCCCCCCGCCGAGAUCGAGGACCCCGACGACCAGAAGCCGGAGGACUGGGACGAGAGACCCAAGAUCCAGGACCCCGACGCGGCCAAGCCUGAGGACUGGGAUGAAGAGGCUCCUGCUAAGAUCGCGGAUGAGGACGCGGUGAAGCCCGACGGCUGGUUGGAUGAGGAGCCAGAGUACAUCAGUGACCCCGAGGCCCUGAAGCCGGAGGACUGGGACGAGGACAUGGACGGCGAGUGGGAAGCGCCGCAGAUCCCCAACCCCGUGUGCGAGACGGCGCCCGGGUGCGGCCCGUGGGAGCGGCCCAUGAUCGACAACCCCAACUACAAGGGCAAGUGGAAGCCGCCCAUGAUCGACAACCCCAACUAUCAGGGUGUGUGGAAGCCCAGGAAGAUCCCGAACCCGGACUUCUUCGAGGACCUGCACCCGUUCCGCAUGAGUGCGUUCAGUGCCGUGGGGCUGGAGCUCUGGUCCAUGUCCUCCGACAUCUUCUUCGACAACUUCUUCAUCAGCUCGGACCGCAGCGUGGCGGACCGCUGGGCCAACGACGGCUGGGGCCUGAAGAAGGCUGCCGAGGGGGCGGCCGAGCCGGGUCUGAUGACUCAGAUGAUCACGGCUGCUGAAGAGAGGCCGUGGCUCUGGAUCGUGUACGUCCUCACCGUGGCUCUGCCUGUGGUGCUCAUCAUCGUCUUCUGCUGCACUGGGAAGAAGAGCCCGGCGUCCGCCGCUGCUGAAUACAAGAAGACCGACGAGCCUCAGCCGGACGUGAAGGAUGAAGACGAGGAGGAGGAGGCCAAGGAGGAAGAGCCAGAAGAGAAGAAGAGUGAAGAAGAGGAGGACUCGCCAGGAGAAGCGGAGGAGGAGGCCGAGGGCGAGCACAAAGACAACAGCACAUCUCACGAGAAAUCUGAGGACGACGUUCUGAGAAGGUCUCCCAGAAACAGGAGAGCACGGAAGGACUGAUGGACUUCCUGAAUCCGUCUCCAGUGUGAAAGUUCCCCUUCCUCAUCCUCCUCUUCAUCCCUCGCUGCGAGAGAAGCCGGCGCUCACAGCCAAUCACACGCCUCCUCAAGCGCUCUUGAGGACGCUGACGGUCACAUGACCGUCCAAUAGCAUAGAAACUUUCUCCGUAACUAAAAAGGAAACGCAAUCUUUGUUACCAUUCCUGAACUGAUCAUCUGACGCUCCCAUUCCCCCUCUCGGCUCUCACACACACACACACUUCCAGACAGUGUUCCUGAACCCAAACACUAAGGCACUCUUGCCUCAGUUCUAGAAUUACUCCAGAAGCCAUAGGAGGACGAGACCAUCACACACACACACACACCUAGAUUUCCCAUAAACCAGAUGUUUUCUGUCCUGAGUGAGGCAUGCUGGGAGACCGCCAGCUAGAUCCGUAGCUUCUAGUGUACUGCCUUACUGUAGGACACGAGAUCUGCUAAUAUUUCUUUGUGAAUGUACUGUGAGUUGUUUGUCUAAUACGUUGUUUUUUUUCAACUGUUUUUGCUAUUCAAAUGGAGUUUUUACUAAAUCAUGGAUCGCUGUACAGACGUGUUUUCUGCUUCUAACCUGUCCAGCCCAGAGAGCCAGGUCAGCGGACUGUGAUGUCAUAUCCUGUCCAGCAGCAGCAGCUUCCAAUCACGAUCACACAGGACCAGGUGUCCGUUUAAUGGCAGUUUGAGGGUGAAUCUCACGAACGGCACGCUUCGGCCCGACGGCGAGCGAUGGUUCUGUUGGGCCGUAGCGAGGCGUGCGCUGAGAUUCGCUCCUGAUUGGCUCUGGUUGCUGGUAAAUGUCACUCAGAGAAAGCGUGACCGAUGUCCCGGGCGUAAAGCCGUUCACUUCGACUCCGCCCCUAAACCCUACGAGAAAGGCACUAUGAGGGAUCUGAAGUGAACUAGCGCGCGACGCUAGCGCUCUUGAAGUUGCUUGUUUAUACUCUCAGUACGGCGGACUGUGGCAUGGACAGCGCCGUACGUGACCUCUACCCUGAGACUGAUGAAGAGUGGCACUUUCUGAGGUAACUGAAGGACAACACACACACACGCUAAUAUCUGCUGCGCUGGCGUGACACGCGUCCCGUCUGCCUGUGACCUGUGACCUGGGCUGCUUUUCUUUCUUUUGUUUUCUUUGUCUCUUGGGUUACCUUUGUCUCACGUGUAGGUGAAUGAUAGAAGAUGGAGAACCCAGAGUGUGUGAUUAUCUGGCGUCUGGAUGAUGAUGAUUCUGGACGGGUUGGGAAAGUCCAUCAUGUUACUCACAAACUAAAAUAAACUGAUUUGAUGAACGACA